AUGGAUUCUGUGAUCGUCAUCCCCAUAAUCGCCGGUGGCCGAAGCUAUGCUCAAGUUAGUGGACUCUUUUGUGUUUUCAGUUUGUUAUGGCCAGUUUUCACAGCCAAACUGGACAAACUUUGUUGCUAUGGCAGCUAUUCAAAUAAGUUGAGAGUAAUUUUAAAUGUUUUCACAGUUUCACUCUUCACAUUCACCAACCUAGUCACCAUGGCCACUUCUCCUCCUGAAUUUCCCGACAUCAUACGGCCAGGGCUGAUCCAGAGCAUGGCUCCUUAUCCAACGCCGUCCUCCGCCGAGCCACUUCCCUGCCCCCGCUGCAACUCCUCCAAUACCAAGUUCUGCUACUACAACAACUACAACCUCUCUCAGCCCCGCCACUACUGUAAGGGAUGCCGCCGCUACUGGACUCAAGGUGGGACCCUCCGUGACGUCCCCGUCGGCGGUGGAACUCGCAAGAAAGCCAAGCACUCUCACCGCGCGUCCUCCUCCAACUCCUCCAGCUCGCCUUCAUCCUCCUCCCUCACCCACGAGACCGCACCUUACAAACCCUCUUCCGACUCGGCGGUUGAAAAGCUGGAGUUGCCUUCCGUCCAACAACAACUCCUGAACCUUAACGACAACGUUCAUGAAGGAGGGGUUUCCUUUUCGUCUCUGAUAAUGGAGAACUCGCAGGAACAACCUGGGUUCUUGUCUCUUGGUGGGUAUGGUUACGAGUCGGGAUUUGUCCAUGGGUUCCAGCAAGGUUACGGGUACGGCACCAGAGCAUCAGUGCUUGAUUUUUCGGGUGAGAUGGUCGGAGGUUUUGGUUGCUACUAUGGUGCUCCUGUGGCUGCUGCGGCUUCUUCCGGGUUCGACAUCAACACGUGGCAGAUGGCGGUUGCUGAUCAUGGAGAUCAAGGUGUUGGAUUGGCUGGUUGGCCGGAGGUUCAGAUUCUCAAUUCCAUGCCAGCUGUCACCGGUGGUAGUGGUGGUGCUGGUCUCAAGGAAGAAAAGGUGGUUGAGUCCUCCACUAGCCCUUGUCUUAAUUCCCCUGCAUUCUAG